AUAUAAUACCGCCUCGUCUCUGUUAUACAUCCUUGACAAUCGUGUCAUUGUCGGAGUUGUCGACUACUAUCAAUGGGAUACGUCAUACGACUCAUGGCAAAUCGCCAAUCCGAUACGAAACACGCUGUCUAUGGGUCGGGUGGAUGAUCUCCAUCUAUGAAGAAUGGGAUGACUCUGAUACAUCCCAUUCGCCGGUGGAUCAUCUCCCUUUGAGGAAGGGGUUUGAGGCUACCUAUGACAUCGCGAUGGCUGCGCUUCUCAUUUCUCUCUCUCUCUCUGCCUCUGCCUCUCAUUCCCUCAAACCAGCAACAUCUUGGUCGUACUACAUAAUAUGGGUUGAACGAUCUACUUAACUUAUGGUAUCUGGCAAGAAUGUUACUCCUCUUCCUCCCUCUCCCCCUUCUUCUCACCACAUUAUAUCUCCGAUCGCGAUAUCCCCUCGUCCAGCUUGUCUUGCUACCGGCGAUCAUCCUCGGCACCCUCCACGCGCUUCUCUACCCACCCGAAGCCCAGGCAUGGGUACAAUACGCAAAUGGCUUCCUCUCGGUCGGCUACCUUGUCCGUGCCGUCGAGCUUCUGCUCGUCCGAGACGUGGAGCAGCUCCGCGCCCUUGAUCGCACCUCUCGUUCCUCGGCAUACUCCUGGCAGCCAAUGCCCGCGGCGUUGGGCUGGACACGUCUUCGUUGGAUGCUCGACUUGGUCAUGAACCCCCGCGCCAUCGGCUGGAGCCACGGCUCAGCCAGGUACCACCACCCGGAGCGUCUACGAAAUCGGCGCCUGCCUUUUUUCUGCAGCCGACUUCUCACACUCGUCACGGCCUAUCUCGUCUUCGAUGCCCACCAGACCUGCUUUUCGCGAAACUAUCCCCGAGUCUGCUCGACGAUCGCGACGAUCCUGGAUACCACUUGGGGGGUCGAGAACGCUCCCGAGAUCAGCGAAAAUAUAGCCAUCACCUACCUAUUCCCCGUUUCCUGCUGGCUAGCGGUCUUCUCCUUCAUGGAAGCAGUCCGCACACUCUACAGUAUGGUGACGGUGGCGAUCCUGGGCACGUUUUCGGACCUGCCGUCCGGCGAACCAUGGAUGUAUCCCGGAUGGUUUGGAUCCGUCACUAGUCUUUUCCGUCUCAACCUCAAAGGUAUCUGGGGCAAGAUGUGGCACGAUCUCUGCCGUCGCCCCUUACUAGCCAUAUCCGUCACCAUGACCCCCCGACGCUGGCCCGGCGCUCUCAAAACCUUCUUCAUCUUCUACCUCUCGUUCAUCAUCUCAGGCACGUUCCACGCAGCGGGCGCAUACGCGACCUUACAAAGCGCCCACUCCGCCGCCAUGAUGAUGGCCUUUUUCAACGUCCUGCCUGUCUUCAUUGCCCUGCAGCAGCUCCUCUCGGAGUACCUCAUUCCACAGCUCCUGCCCCGGGGGUUGUUGGCGGAUGGCGUGGCGUGGUCCACCGAUGCGGUGAUCAUGGCCGUGUGGACGCAUUGGACGUGUCCGUGGUUUACUAAGUACAGUGCGGUGCCGGAGAUCAUUGCGUCGUUUCCCCUGCCGGUCAGCUUCUGGGGUUGGCUGGGUGGAUAUAUGUAGCUAUUUUACUAUGCGGUUAAGGUGCAACCACGCCUUUAGGUGUCAAAGGGCAUAUAUAUAUAUAUAUAUAUUUCUAGAAGUAUAUUACCGGUGCGAAUAGCCAGCUCAUGCGAC